AUGCCGCCCCGUAUUCGAUCACUCACUCCCGAGUCAGACGAUGACGAUGACGUGUCCAUGAUGACCUCAUCGUCACCACAACGCAAGCCGACAACGCCCGCAGACGGCCCCGCGACACGUCCUCCCGUCGCUUCGACUGUAACUGCGACUUCAGCUGCGACGGCUGGCAUAACACUACCUCAGACCCAUGACGACGACGAUGAUGAGCUAUCAUCUUUACAGUCGUCUGCGGAGGAAGACGAAGAGGAAGAGGAAGAUGAUGUGGAGGACGAUGAAGACAAGCAAGUCUCCCCCGCCACUUCACGGAGUCGCAAGACGGUCCCGCAAUACAAGGACGAUGACGAGGCCAGCACCUCCUCCGAGGAAGAAGACCAACUCGACGACGACGACGACGAUGACCAGGACGGAGCGGCGUACUCUGAUGAUGAUGAAGAGGACGAGCUUUUUGACGAGGAGGAGGAGGAGUUCGCGAGGGCUAGGAAUGCUGCGGGUGGAUCUCGUUCGAGAGCAUCAUCGACGAUCAAGUCCAGUCCUGCCAAAGUUACAGGAGCGGGGAUGAAGAUCAAAUUCAAGCUCGGGGGAGGUGCAGGGGCGAGCGCGAGUGCGAGCCCAAGUGGGGGCAGGGCGACCGUCUUGUCCGGUGGGGGCGGCAAGGCCAAGAAGGGUGGCAGUAGCUCCAAGAGCAGCAAAUCGAAGGGGAAAAAACGCGCUCGUACGUUGUGAAACGGUGCUCUAAUGCUCGAGACGUGACGAUUGACUUCAUGAGCUCCGCGGCCACAGACGACGACAUCUCCGACAUCUCCGACGACGAUGCAGGCGACCCUUCCUUCUCUGACGGGUCGUCCGUCAACUCGGGAAGCCGACUUACGGCUCGUCAAAGGGCAAAAGAAAUGGGUGGAGAACACGGGAUGGAGUUGGAGUCUUUGUCGAAUGGUGAGGGAGCAUCUGGUCUGGCCAGUCGGAUCCCCGUGGGGAUUGAUUUCUCGCGUGAUGCUGAUGCACGAUCCUGUCUCGCGCUCUCACGGCCAGACAUCAUACCAAGGAACAAGGUCAAGCUUACGGAUGCCGAGGCUGCACUUCGACGAUCCGAGAACCUUAGGAAGCGCCGUUCUCAAGCUUACAAGAAGCUCGAUGACGAGGUGAGCUAGCGUUGCCUCACGCUCCCAUUCGAUCUUUUGUCCAGAAAUGCUCAUAGCCGCUUCGUUUUCCCCUCCGUCCGAACGCUAGAAAACGGAAACAAUCAAUCGACUGCUCAAGAAACAAGUUGGUCGUCAAAACAACCGGGGUGGCAAAGCCUCGGCCAAGAAUGCCGGUCAGCCCAACAACCUCUCCCAUGCGGACGCUGUGGGUCCACGCACGCCGGGCGCGACGCUGGAAGCCGCAAGACCGCCAACGGGGUUGCGAUGGGUUAGUUCGAUCAAGACUGGCGAGUUUAAGAAUGUCUUGAUGCUGCCUGUGGGCAUCGUCGAGGGGUUUGGAGCGGAUCCCAAGGUGUUCAAGGGAUACCCUGGGCCGAGGCCUCCACCUCAGUCGAGGGACUUGAGGCAGUUGGACAAGACGGCGCCUGCGUCGGUACAACCAGUGGCUUGA